UGUGUUGCAGACGCUUUCCGGUGCGCUGGUGCAAACAUGGCUCCUUCUAGGUUGGAGAUAAACUUUAUCAGGUUGCUGUCUCGCUGCGAGUCCAUGGCGUCCGAGAAACGGGGCGAUGCGGAGUGGAGGCUGGAAAAGUAUGUAAGCGCCCUUGAGGAGAUGCUGGCUGCUCUGAAGAAAAGUACAAGUAAACCUGUUCCAGAGGCCUUGACCGAUUACACCAGGAAAGUAGAAUUUCUGAAAGGAUUAUUGGAAGCUGAGAAACUGUCGUCUCCGACAGAGAAAGCCCUGGCCAAUCAGUUUCUGGCUCCCGGAAGGACUCCGACCACUGGGAAAGAGAGAACUUCAGCCAGCAAAACCAUCCACCUGCAGACGAGCGCCAGGUGUACUGGAGAGAUGAGGAACGAGCUCCUCGGCACAACAUCAAAUACAGGUGCUGGAGAGGCAGAGCUGAGAAAUAGGAGGGGCACAGCGCUUGAUGAGAAGCAAUCGGCAAAUGAGCUCGACACAGUUCUCCAGCACCAUCACAACAUCCAGGAGAAAUUAGCGGAGGAGAUGCUGAGCCUGGCUCGCAGUCUGAAGAACAACUCCCUAGCAGCCCAGAACGUCAUCAAACAGGACAAUCAGACACUGACCCAUUCCCUGCGGAUGGCGGACGUGAACUUUGAGAAGCUGAAGACGGAAUCAGAAAGGCUAGAGCAACACACCAAGAAAUCCGUGAACUGGCUGCUUUGGAUAAUGCUAAUUGUUGUCUGUUUUAUUUUCAUCAGCAUGAUUCUGUUCAUAAGAAUCUUCCCUAGGCUCCGAUGAUUCUAAUAAGAAUGAUCCAUGUAAUCAUCUAUACUGAAUUAUCCUUUAGUACAGAUGAUCUAUAUAUAGAGAAACACCGGGAGGAAGCAGCAACAUCAUGUCAUCCUUUUUAGACUAAGGACACAGCAUUGUCUGUCUGGGUACAGGAUUUAGCUGUAGUUCCCUGCAGACAAUAUUCAUAAUCUCACCCUUCACCUGCUUCUGUGGUCACGAGGAUUCCUGUUCGCAAAUGCAUGAUGAAUUCACGGGUCAGUCUGCUGCUGUUCUGCUUGAGAGUCACGCAUUUCCAGACCUCUCAACCUGUAAAGAAGCUAGCGACGAAAUACAUGACACUUAAGGAAUUGGGGAAAUCAGAAGAUUCAACAGUCACUGCGUGGCUGUGAUGCUGUCCACACAAAGGCUUGACGUAGUUCUGUUUGCGGAUAGCUGAACGUGGUCUGAAAACUCACUGCAAUACCGUUCUUUCCCAUACAGCAGGGUCUAUGAGUCAGAGCAGCAAGUCUAUAUUUUCUGUGCCUUAUGUAGCUGGGUUUAUCCAGAAUUGCAUUUUGAUUUAUUCUGCUUCUGUUUUUAACAUCGUUCGGUCUUGUUUGAUACAGAUUGAUACAGUGUUAUCCAGCGCGUGUGGAAGAUUAAUUAUUUAGCGAAGGAUUUGAAAUAACAUUUUGUGGAUACUUGUAGGUAGAUCGUUAUGACCUAAAUCAACUGAAAGCCAAUUUUGUUUCUUUAAUUGUAUGUCAGCACCAAUUCUCACCCAUAGAAAUCUCAGAUAUAAUAAUCGAAUUGUUAAGAAUUGUUAUUCUUGUAAGUAUAAGUCUCCAGUUUUGACAAAACAGUAUUUAUUGCCUUGAUAAGUGGUACUGGUAUAUUGUUGGGGGAGGGGAUCAUGAGCUGUUUAAAUAAAGUCAUCAAUGCCACAUGCACUGACACAUUAUACUGUUAUAUAGUAACGCAUUACAUAAUAAUUUAAACUAGCCAUUCACAAGUGUGUUUGUUUUUUCUUUGUGCUGGAGAAAAAAUGAGUGCGCUUGUUUGGGGACUGGGAUGUUUGGCAGUUUGAUGAGAAUAUUCUUCUUCGAUCUUUGGGAUCUGUGCUUGACUUCGCCUUAGGUCAGCCAUGUUCAUGGCAGUACUGUUUUUUGUGUAAUUUGGUACUGAAUCCAUUCUGUCCGUCCUUGGCACCGACUUUUACUUCAUUUUGGGGGAAAGUGUUAAAUUCUGAAAAUGGCUUGUCAUUCUAUUUUUUUUUCUAAGAAAGAAGCAUUACAUUUAC